ACGGGGCAGAGCAGCGGCGCCCCGGGCGGAAGAGGCCGAGCGCUCGGGAGCGGAGACGGCGGCGACGGCGGCAGCGGCGGCGGGGGUGCGCGAGCGGCCGCCUCUCCAUCCAGCCGUCCGUCCUUCAGUCACUCACCCUCCAUCAUGAGCACCAAGCAGGUCACGUGCCGGUAUUUCAUGCAUGGUGUGUGUCGUGAAGGGAGCCAGUGCUUGUUUUCACAUGACUUAUCAACAAGCAAGCCAUCUACCAUCUGCAAGUUCUACCAGAAAGGCUACUGUGCCUAUGGAUCUCGUUGCAGAUAUGACCACAUGAGGCCAGCAGCGGCAGCUGGCAGUGGCACAGCAGGUGCUGGGCCUCACAGCCUGCCUUCACCAAUUUUCCACAGUCCACACCCCCAUCCUGAUGUGACUGCAUCUAUAAUGAAAAGCAGUUCCCAUGAACCCGGCAAGCGUGAGAAGAGAACGCUGGUGCUGAGAGACCGGAAUCUGUGUGGCUUAACUGAAGAAAAGACCAGGCCCUGUGCUGUGAGUGACCUGGGAGGUUGCAGUGACUCAAAUGAUAGCGUGGAGAUGAAGCCUCAUUCCUACUUAGAUGCCAUCCGGAGUGGCCUGGAUGGUCUGGAAGCCGGGAGCUCUGACGGCAACGAGCAGCAGCUGUGCCCCUACGCAGCCGCUGGCGAGUGCCACUUCGGGGAUGCUUGCGUCUAUCUCCAUGGGGAUGUUUGUGAGAUCUGUAGGUUACAAGUCCUGCAUCCUUUUGACUCAGAGCAAAGAAAGACGCACGAGAAGCUCUGCAUGGCAACCUUUGAACACGACAUGGAGAAAGCCUUUGCUUUCCAAGCAAGUCAGGAGAAAGUAUGUAGCAUCUGCAUGGAAGUGGUCUAUGAGAAACCCUCAGCAUCAGAGAGGAGGUUUGGGAUCCUCUCUAACUGCAGCCACACAUACUGUCUGUCCUGUAUCCGGCAGUGGAGGUGCGCCAAGCAGUUUGAGAAUCCCAUCAUCAAGUCCUGUCCAGAGUGCCGGGUGAUAUCUGAAUUCGUCAUUCCAAGUGUGUACUGGGUUGAAGAUCAGAAUAAGAAAAAUGAACUGAUCGAAGCAUUUAAGCAGGGAAUGGGGAAAAAAGCCUGUAAAUACUUUGAGCAAGGCAAGGGCACCUGCCCCUUUGGAGGAAAAUGCCUCUAUCUCCAUGCUUACCCAGAUGGGACACGAGCUGAACCUGAGAAACCUAGGAAACAGCUCAGUUCAGAAGGCACCGUGAGGUUCUUCAAUUCUGUCCGGCUUUGGGAUUUUAUUGAGGACAGAGAAAGCCGGCAUAUCCCAGCUACUGAGGAAGAUGACGUAACCGAACUCGGUGACCUUUUCAUGCACCUUUCAGGAGUGGAAGAGUCUGCCUCGAAUCCUUGAGAGUGAACUGAAGCCCCCGCCCCAGCCCACCCCCUUGCCAUCCCAUACCCUAGGCUCUCUGCCGGACCAGGCCUGUGUGUUUAGAGGGUGUGCUGCAGAGUUUUACAUUUACUGCAACAGUAGUUGAUGUGUCACUGGGAUUAAGUGAGGGUUUGUUAAACCUUUGUCUGAUCCAAUCUCCAUUAUUACAGCAGUGGAAACAUUGAAGGAUAUAAAAUAAAAAAUUAACAGAAGUAUACGUAAUCUCCAUUUUCAUGGUUAAUUAAUUCUUCAGUUACUUUUACGCCUCUGUAUGGCUGUCAGCUGAAGACCAGACUAGCUAAGGUUGAAGAGGUUCAUCAGCAGGUCGACCACAGCAUCCCUUGAAGAUUAUCUACUAAAGUAGUCAGAGGGCUUGUGACCUUCACUGGCAGAGGAGGCACCCACACUGACAAAAUGAAAGAUCUGUGAGAAAAUCCAACCAGCCGUUCACGCACACGGUCCAAGCCUGGUUGGUGACUUCCGGGUGGGGGCAAAUACAAGGGAGCAUCCAGCCUGAUAGGCGGAGGGCUGUUGCACACAGAGUGACUGGCAACAAAAGGCAGUUUUUCUGCUUUCUGCAUUCUUUUGCCCUUCCUGGGUUAGUCCACAUGGCGUACUGCCAAUAAGCAAGCAAAACCCAAUAUGAAAAUCCAGAUUUACAAACAAAAUAAACUGUGCCCCGUUGUGCCAUCUAUCUUCCCUCAGGCAUUUUAAAUGAUUUAACUUCAAAAAUCUGAUUUUACAUCUUUUCAGGCACACGUCACAGAAAAUAAAGUAUACCUGCAGUGUAAAACCUUAAUUUGACUUUGCCUAUUAAAGCUGUUUUGAUUUCUCAGG